AUGAAGCUCCGUUCAAGAACCAUAUACUCGACCGGCAAUGCCAAUCACCUUCUUCGAUGGGCAGUCUUGCCUGCGGAGAUUCGACUGAUGAUUCUGGAGCAAGCUGAGAUCGGAGACAUCCAAGCGCAUGAUUUGUCAAAUUGGCCAAGGGUCUCGAGGGAAUGGCAAACCUUCUUCGAACCGCAAAUUUUCCAACACUUGAAGCUUCAAAUUCCCGGUUCCGACAUCGACGAUCUGAACUCUUGUGUUCACGGCUAUCGAAGAGAUCUCGUCAAAAGGAUCUCACUUCACGUAAGAACUCAAGAGUACGAUAAUGUGGACAGGUUCGAUGAAGAAGAGAGCCCAGACACUAUCAAGGCAAACAAUAAGCUCUUCAGCCAAGCCCUGAAAAGGUUGUUUGUCUCUCUUUCGGCAUGGUCUAGUGGCUCGCCUAGAAGUGGUAUCAAAUUAAGCUUGAGCGCCGGCUCUCCGAGCGGUUCAAGUCACCCUUGGGAGCAUCGCGCAGGCACUGAGAGGAGUCAACACGAUAGAAGACGUGUUUACUCCUUGAACUCCAGGCGGCGUCUUCUUGGUAACUUAAUAGACGCCAGCUCUGGCGCUCUUAAACUUCCUCAGGUCUCCGUCGUCAACAGGUUUUCCGUCAAUCAAUAUUGCUACAGAAGCCUGUCGAGGACAUUGCUUGCGAAGGUUCUUCAUAGCCUUUGCCGUCUCAAACCUGUCAACUACGAGCCAUGGUAUGCGAUUGCUUACUUCGAACAAGGAUUCCGUAAUGUGGCAACAGCUAUGCUGCUCGGCUGCGUGAGCGAAUCGAGCACGAUGAACUCAGUGCAUAUUUGGGAGGCGAAGUCUCGACUGAAUGAAAGCGCACAUUUUUUCAGGCUUCGCGACGAAUACCUUAUAUAUCAAGCGGUCAAUUCAAGCUAUCGUCUUCAGUGUUUAACCAUUUGUCACGCUGUUGAUGCCAGAGACUUUUUUCGGCAUGCGUCGAGGGAUUUGCCGCCAAACUAUUCUCAGCCAUUAGAUGGUCUUCGUACAUGGCCAGCCCUCAAAUACCUAGCCCUGACGACGCAUAUUGGAGACCUGGUAUCCAGACCAUCAGCGCUGGAAAAUCUGCUUCUUCAAGCAAGCCGGGCCGCUUUGCGCAUGCAUUUACUGGAAGUGAUGGAAAUCUGGGCCUCAGACUCCGAUAACGGGUUCAUCUUCAGAUAUCACGUUCGGGAAGGCUCGCCAUUUCUUACUGUGAUAGCGACAUGGCAGCUCACAUUGAGCGAGAAGGCUUUGGGUUCAUGGAAACAAGUGGCAGCUGGCUGUUCAGAACACGAAUUAACCUGCAAUGUGGAGCUGACGAGGUCGGACCUGCCAAACUUCCCUUGUAAUCUGUUAAAACUAGGUCCACAACUGAGGGACUGGUUUCGAGUUUGUAGCAAUAGAUUCACAAAAGUAUUGCUAUGUUAUGAAUUUGGAUCAACUACAUGCACGCAUAUCGAUUUUCUCGUAUAUUUUGAAUGA